AUGCAACACUGUCGCAGCUUCCAUCAACAAAAUACGCUGCUUCAGUACGCAAUUACAGGAUGGGGGGUAGAAAAAGCUGACGAAAAGAAAAGUCGGCGCUUCGAGUGUACUUCGUCCAGGCAACAAGGAUCAGCGUCGUACAAACUUCUACUUGAAACCUUUUCUAACAAAUUGAAAGCUGCAAUGGCCUGUCAGGAUGACCGUUCUAAUAAUGCACGAACUCGUUUGCGCCAAGGGAGCAUUGCAGAUUUGGAAUUUGAUUGCUUUCCUAAGACAUCAAGUUAUGAGGAUACAGUAAGGCAGUUGGACAUAUAUUAUGGAAUAGUGAAAAGACAGAUUUUGCGAUUUCAAAGCCCUAUUACAGGACUUUUCCCUGUAAUAUCUCUAGAAACAAAGAUAGGCAGUGUUCGAGACAGUAUCUAUUGUGCAACUGCCAUAUGGAGUCUGUACCAAGCUUAUCGGAGAAUUGAUGAUGACAGAGGAAAAUCACAUGAAUUGGGUCAGUCAGCUGUCAAGUGCAUGAGAGGUAUCUUAGAAUGCUGGGUCAGACAGGCAGCUCGGGUUGAAUCAUUCAAAAUGCAACAAUGUGAUCGACAUGCAUUGCAUUGCAAAUUUCACCUUAUUACUGGUGAUGAAGUGUUUACCCAUGAUGAAUACCAUCAUUUACAGAUUGAUGUGGUUUCACUAUACUUGUUAAUGUUAGUUCAGAUGAUUACUUCAGGCCUCCAAAUCAUUUACACACAAGAUGAGGUGGCAUUUGUGCAGAAUCUAGUGUACUAUGUAGAACGAGCAUAUCGUACCCCUGACUAUGGUCACUGGGAACGUGGCAGUAAACACAAUGAUGGUACUCCUGAAAUCCAUGCAAGUUCUAUUGGCAUGGCCAAAGCAGCUUUGGAAGCUAUUAAUGGGUGCAACCUGUUUGGAGACAAAGGAGCAUCUUGGUCUGUAAUAUACGUUGAUAUUGAUGCACAUAACCGCAAUCGCAGUAUAUUCGAGACACUUCUUCCCAGAGAAUCUAGUUCAAAGGGAGUUGAUGCUGCUUUGCUGCCUACCAUUUCUUUUCCAGCCUUUGCGACACAUGAUGAAGUUUUGUAUUGCGACACUAAAAGCAAUGUAAUGCGACGAUUGCGAGGACAGUAUGGUUUUAAACGUUUUGGUCGAGAUGGAUACAAGUGUGUUUUAGAAGAUACCAACAGACAGUUCUACAGAAAUGGCGAAAUUAAGGCAUUUGAAAACGUGGAAUGUGAGUGGCCCCUGUUCUACAUUUUUAUGAUUAUUGAUGGAGUUUUUAAAACCAUGCCAGAACAAGUUGAUGAGUUUCAGAAUCUUCUUAAAACACGAAUAAAGCAUGAUGAAUGUGGAGAUCCUGUAAUUCCUAUGUACUUCUACGUGCCAGUGGAAUGUGUUGAAGCUGAGCGUAGAGAGCCUGGCACUCAAGAGCGGUAUCCUAGUGAAGUGGGGAGUGGUACUACAGGUGUUGGAACUUUCUUAUGGAACCAGGCUCUCUUCAUAAUAGCUCAACUUCUUACAGAUGAACUGCUUCAUGUAAAUGAACUUGACCCUAUCAGAAGGUAUCUUCCAUCUUACAAUCGUCCCAGAAGAGCUGGACGAUAUUCAGCUUUUCAGGGCACUGCCACAGAUCUGGUGGUACAAACAGUUCUUAUUGCUGAAUCAAUGAGGUUGCAAGCAAUGAUGGCAACUUAUGGUAUUCAAACUCAGACUCCACAUGAAGUUGAGCCUGUCCAAAUUUGGUCAUCAAAACAAAUGGUGACAGUGUUUGAACAACUUGGUGUCAAUAACAAAUUGGGACUCAAAGGAAGACCUGUACGACCAAUUGGUGCCCUGGGCACAAGCAAGGUCUAUCGUGUUUGCGGACUAACAGUUUUGUGCUAUCCACUAAUAUUUGAGGUUUCUGAGUUUUAUUUGUAUCGAGAUAUGGCAUUGCUUAUAGAUGAUAUCAAAACAGAGUUGCAAUUUGUUGGACGUUAUUGGCGAUUGUCAGGAAGGCCUACUAUGUGUCUGCUUAUUCGAGAGGAGCACAUGCGUGACCCACAGUUCAAAGAAAUGCUUGACUUAUUAGCUAUGCUUAAAACAGGUUAUUGUGAUGGUUUGAAAGUGCGUGUAGGUCGAUUGCAAAAUCUCAUAUCAUCUUCGUGUAUAGAACAUCUGGACUUUAUGAACACUGUGGAUGUGGAUCUUGAUCUUGUGCAGUUUCGACAGCUGGAGCAUGAAUAUAUUGGUUAUCAAAGCUUGACUGAUGUCCCUAAAACACUAACGUACUCAGAAGAAAUGAAAGAUUUUUCUCAUCUAGUUGGAAAGCCAACAUAUGAAAUCAUUGAAGUACUGCGUGCUACAACAGAAGGCUUACAUGCCCGAAGUCAAUUGUUCGGAUUGCUACUUAAAAAAGAAGGUCCCAACUAUGAAUUCAAUGAUGUAACAGUGCGAGAUCAUCUUCAAAACCUCUAUACUACUGCAGGAAGUCUUCGAAGUUGGGCUGCUGUUCGCUAUUGCAGUUCAUUAUUGCAUCACACUGUAGACUCUAUAUCACCAUUUAUUACCACUGUUCUGGUCAGUGGGAAACAACUUACAGUAGGAGUUGUUGGUCAACAAGAGACUGUAUUUGACAAACCAAUGACCCCAGCAGAAAUUCGUACUGUGAUGUAUGACACAGUACAGCCUUAUGAUGUAAUUGGAGCUGUCCUUCAGCAAGAAAUAGUCUUGUAUUGUGGACGCCUUAUUGCCACAAGACCAGAUAUACUCAGCACAUUAGAGCGCCGAAGAAUUGAAGGAUGUCUCUGUCGUGUUCCUGAUGAGUUCUAUAGUAAGGUCUGGGAUGUUACUGUGAGAACACGCCGAGGAGUGGCAGUGCAAGAAUGUUCUUUGCCUCAUCUUCCAACUCUUGCAGCUAUGGGUCGUUCAGAAUUGAAUUUUGCCUUACUUGUGGAACAAAUGCUUAAUCAUAUAACCAGACCUGAAUAUAGACAAAUCAUUGUUGAGUUAUUGUGCAUUGUGUCCACCAUUCUUCAGCGGAAUCCUGAACUUACCUUCCAGAACCAGCUUCAUUUGGAUCAUUUAGUCCAGGAAGCUUUUCAUUUGUUCUGCAAGGAUAACAACGUAGAAAAAUGUGAUGAUAUGACGGCAUUUUACUCUCAGCAUUAUGGUAUUACCACUGGUUACCUUGCUCGUGCUGUUGUCAACAAUGUUCUACAGGGAGGCCACCUGGCGACUCCAAUUUCAGAAGAAGAAGAUACCAACAAUGAAGAAACUUGUCGAGUCUCAUAGCUUUUUCCAGUGGGUCACUGAUGGGCCUACUUGUUACUAGUCAACUUUUGUUAAAAAUUAUCAUUAUAAAAAUUGGUUUAUCUUUAAGCAAAGCUCAAGUUUGAUAUUAAAAAUAAAAAGAAUUAAUGAGCUUAAUAAAUGUUUCUCGCUCAGAUCAUAAGUAUAACAAUAGAAAACAUAAGGGAUUUUUAAAUAUAUUAUUUUAUUUGUUUUCAUGACAAGUGCCAAAUAAUUAAAGAACAAAUGUAAAAAUUCUUCAUUUAGAUUUCUAUCAAUGUACAUAUCUUCAAUUGCUAAUGAAGCACAAUAAAAUACUCAAUUCGAUAGUUUUGGAUCUAAUUUGUAUAUUUGAACAAUAAAGCAAGA